AUGUCCGACGACAACCUGAUUGCUGAAUUCAUUUCAAUUACCAAUGCAUCCAAGGCGCUUGCCGAGCAGUACCUACUGAGAAACAACAAUGACUUGGUUGGAGCAGUUGAGGACUACUAUGCCAACAACGAACAUCAAAGCCAUGCUUCGCAUCCGCAGUCACGUCCAUUUGAGCAGCACGAACCGCCAAUGUUUGGCUCGCUGACCUUGGCGCAAGCUGGCUUUGGUUCACAAAAGACGCAGAAGAGGGCCAAACAACCAAAAGGCAUCACUACGUUCCGCGAUUUGAACAAUGAGGACGACGAUCUGGAAGAUGAUCGCACAAACCACAAUUUCUUCACCGGCGGAGAGAAAUCUGCGUUGCAAGUUGAAGACCCCAACAAGGACCGCAAGAAAGACCUGAGCAUCGUUGAUCAGAUUUUCCAAAAGGCCAGAGACCAGAUGAAUAUGCCCGAUGGUCGUCCCAGUGCUAGGGCUCAACAACAACAGCAACUGGAGCGCGCAGAGCAAUUCGCUGGCACCGGGUUCAAAUUGGGCGAUGGGAACGAGCCGAGCGAGGCCAUCGAGGACCCACGUGCCCAUGCGCGGGAGUUGAUGAACCGCCUCAGACCGAAAAAAGUUAAUCGAGAAAUCACGUUUUGGAAACAGGGGUUCACCGUGGGCGACAGUUUGUUAUAUAGCUACGACGACCCCAAGAACCAGAGAAUCUUGAAUGAGAUUGAGCAAGGGAGAGUGCCCAUUUCGAUAUUGGAAGUCGACCCGGGCGAUGAUGUUGACGUGACGGUGUCUAAGCGCACCGAUGAGGAUUACGUGCCCCCCAAGAAGAAAGUUGGCGGGUACCAUGGCGCGGGACAAAGGUUGGGCUCUCCUGUGCCUGGCGAGACCGAUUUAUUGAGCAGAGGCCAACAAACUCCUGCUGAAAAAACUGUCGAUGAUAAAUCUUCCAGUGAGGCAAAGAAGCAGCAGUCCGCGGCAGGCCAAGGAGAAGGCGACACUUUGAUCCAGAUACGAUUCGCUAAUGGCAAGAGAACUUCCCAGAAAUUCUACGCGAGCGAUCCAAUCACCGUGGUCUAUGAAUUUGUGAGGAAUCACGAGAACAACAGCGGGAACGGCGAUCGAAGCUUUACCCUAAGUCAUGCUUUCCCAGUGAAACCGAUUGAAGAAUCGAAUGAUAUCACAGUUGCCGAUGCAAAGUUGCUGAAUGUCGUUGUGGUGCAGAGAUGGAGCUAG